AAAGACAAAUUCAACAUGGCGACCCCGACUGUAUCUCAUCUGGAGAAAGAAAAGGGAAGUAAUGACUCUCUGGAGGAGCAUAUGAGGACUCACACAGGUGAGAAGCCUUACAAAUGUGAGGAGUGCAGCAAACAGUUUAGUGGCCUGAGAAAUCUGAAGAGGCAUAUGAGGACUCACACUUGUGAGAAACCUUAUGGAUGUGAGGAGUGCGGCCGGCAGUUCAGUCAGCUGUGUAACCUGAAGAGUCAUAUACGGACUCACACUGGUGAAAAAACCCAUAAGUGUGAAGAAUGCAGCAAAAGGUUUAGCGAGCUGUGUACUCUGUCUGAAGAGACACAUGCGGACUCAUACCGGUGAGAAACCUUAUAGUUGCGAUGAAUGCAACAAACGUUUUAGUGGACUGGGUGAUCUGGAGAAGCAUAUGCGGACUCACACUGGCGAGAAACCUUACAAAUGUGAGGAGUGCAGCAGACAGUUCCGUGAGCUGGGUAAUCUGAAGAAACAUAUACGGACUCAUACCGGUGAGAAGCCCUACAAGUGCAAAGAAUGCAGCAAGCAGUUUAGUGAGCCGGGUAAUCUGAAGAGGCACAUGCGGACUCAUACUGGUGAAAAACCUUAUAGCUGCGAUGAAUGCAGCAAACAGUUUGGCGAGCUGGGUUCCCUGGAGAAGCACAUGCGGACUCGCACAGGAAAGAAGCCUUACAAAUGUGAGGAGUGCAGCAAAGAGUUUGGUCAGCUCGGUAAUCUAAAGAGGCAUAUAAAGACUCAUAUUUGUGAGAAACCUUACAAAUGUGAGGAGUGUAGCAAACAGUUCAGUCAGCUUGGCCAUCUAAAGAGUCAUGUGCGGACUCACACUGGUGAAAAGCCCCAUAAGUGCGAUGAAUGUAGCAAACAGUUUAGUCAGCAUAGUUCUCUGAGGAGGCAUAUGAGGACUCACUCUUGUGAAAAACCUUACAUAAACAGACUCACUCAUACAGGUGCGAAACCUUACAAAUGUGAGGAUUGCGAUAGACAGUUCAGUCAGUUUGGAUAUCUGAAGACACAGGCUGAGAAGCCCUCUAGGUGCGAAGAAUGCAGCAAACAGUUUAGUGAGCUGUGUAAUCUGAAGAAUCAUAUGAGGACUCAUACUGGUGAAACCCUACCCGUGUUGAAAAUAAGAAGAUUCCGUCAAGCCAUCUUCGCACAUGCGAACCCACGGCAACGAAAACUCACAGCUACCUAUGUGAAGGUUACAGUAAUACAGAGUUUGACCAACAUGGCGACCAGAGCCGGAUCUCAUCUGAAACAAAUGGAGGGAGAGGAUGGACAUGAUUCUCCCCGUACCCACAAGUGCAGCUAUUGUGAGAAGGAGUUUCGCUUCAAAAGUAGCCUAAACCAACACCUGCGAACUCACACAGGUGAGAGACCAUACCAGUGUGGAGAAUGCGGGAAACGGUUUAUUCAGCUAUGUAAUCUGAAAGACCACAUGAGAACUCACACCGGUGAGAGACCGUACGAGUGUGAAUAUUGCAACAAGUGCUACAGUCAGUCAUCUCAUCUGAAGGCUCACAUGCGGACUCACACAGGGGAAAACCCAUACAGGUGUGAGGCAUGCUACAAGAAGUUCAGUAGGCUUGAUAUCCUAAAAAUACACAUGAGAGCUCACACGGGUGAGAAACCGUAUAGAUGUGAGGAAUGCAGCAAGCAGUUCAGUAAGCUUGGUACCCUGAAAAUACAUAUGCAUACUCACACUGGUGAGAGACCAUACGAGUGUGAUUAUUGCGGGAAACGGUUUAGUCAACAAUCUAAUGUGGACGACCACAUGAGAACUCACACCGGUGAGAGACCAUACGAGUGUGAAUAUUGCAACAAGCGCUUCAGUCAGGCAGCUCAUCUGAAGGCUCACGUGCGGACUCACACAGGGGAAACCCCAUACAGGUGUGAGGCAUGCUGCAAGCAGUUCAGUAGACUUGGUAUCCUAAAAAAUCACAUGAGAACUCACACGGAUGAGAAACUGUAUAGAUGUGAGGCAUGCAGCAAGCAGUUUACUAAACUGUCUAGUCUAAAGAACCACAUGCGGACUCACACGGGUGAGAAACCGUACACAUGUGAGGAGUGCAACAAGCAAUUCAGUGACCCGACUCAUUUUAAAAGACAUAUACGGACUCACACAGGGGAAAAACCGUACAGAUGCGAGAAGUGCAGCAAACAGUUCAGUCAGUUGACUAAUCUUAAGAGGCACAUACGGACACACACUGGUGAAAAACCGUACAAGUGUGAGGAGUGCAGUAAACAGUUCAUUCAGUUGUCGAAUUUGAAGAGUCACAUGCGGACUCACACUGGCGAGACACCAUACACGUGUGAGAAGUGUAACAAAAGCUAUCGUCAUUCACGUAGUCUUUGUGCACACAUGAAAACUCACAUCGGUGAAAGUGUGUAAAUAACUGUGUGAGUAUACCAUGUACAUAUUCUUACACAUUAGAAAAAAAUUACAUAUUAAGCUCGAUUAUUAUUAUUUUUUCUUUACAAACUUAAAGGUGGGUUAUGAUUUACCGCUACUUAAUUCAGCCGUGUACUCACUACAUGCCUCCAUUGUCCAAAAAUAACGGGAACUGAAUUACAGCAUAGUAUUUACUAUCGUCACGUCCGGUACUUGGUUGGAACUAGAAGCGUUGUUAAAAAAAACAGCCGUGGGAAUGUGUUGUAAGUUUAGAGUAGAGUUGUGCUAUACAUUAGAAAAGCAGUUGGUAAGGUAUCAUUCCAAAAGGUUAGUGAACCAGCCCCUGUUCAGAUAGGAGUGGAGACUGAGGGAAGUAGGUCAGACGGGGAGUCUGAUUGGAGAUCCAGAGGAGAGAGACUGGGAAGGUCUUGCCGUUUGGAGAGAAGUGACAAAUAAAAAAGGAUUGUGAAUUGCA